AUGAUAUCUUAUUCUUUUCCCAGAACGGACGUUCAGGAUGCACUCAUCGCUUUCUCCUGGGUGGAUCUUUUUAUUCUGGGACUCUGUCAGAUGUUCGGUCGGAGUCUUAGUAUGACGCAGAUUGAAUUCCAAGAAAUACAGACACAUGAGCUUCCCACAUCGGCUCGACCUGACUUCAAUACAAUAAUCUCUGAUUUCUUUGUCGCUGGUGUUUCUGCAGAAGAAUUCACCUAUCUACGAUAUAUGUCCCUCUUCAAUUCGGGUAUGUUUUCGUUCCUCUAUUUAAGUAUGUUACUUAAAUAA